GGUUUUCAUAUGCGGAAUACGUGUGUCGUGUUUACUGGAGAGGAAUUGAAAGCUUCAGCGUCAUCCACUCGUAGACGCCUACCGUAGAGCGUCUGACGUGCCUGCAGCGCCAUGAGUGAGCGCCACCCCGUGGCCCGCUGCCUGCACCACUGGCCCACACGAGCCCUGUGCCUCGCCUUUGUCGCAAUCCAGGCCGCCUCCAUCAAUUGGUAUCUCAUGGAGAACCUAAAGCCCAGCUGGGCAGCCAUUUUUGCGGCAGACGCCGUGAUUUUAGGAUUGUUUACGGCGUCGUUCAUCCAGUCUUCAGCUAAUAUCCACAGAGAGAAGCACCUACCCCUGGUCACAUUUGAACUAUCCGCACACCUGCCUCUGUGCUACAUUGCCUGGUUUGCUUACGCUAUCGUUCUUGACGUGAAGAUUGUCGUGAUUUUUACAACGUUUUCCACGAAUUUGGACGAGGCUGUAUUUUUUGGCCCUAACACGUUGAAGACAUCUCUAGCUAUUGCUGGAAUAGUAUUCCUUACAUUUUUGCCUACUCAGCACGACGUCAGAUGCGCACGCAGACGAACAUUAAUUACAAUGCUGACAACGACAGUUCUCUUCGAUAUAUUGGACGGAGUUGAUAUUCUGGAAAAUCUGUUUGAAAAAGAUGUUAGAGAGAGCUUCCCUGCAGGACUUGCAAGAACGAUGAUCGUCAUUUGUUGCCUUAAUUUCAUGUUACCAACUCUCCCCUUAUUCACGUUAGCAAAAACACGAUUCGGAUUGAAGAAACUUCCGGAAAAACUGGAGCUUCUACACAAAAUAGGAGUUGCGUACAUCGUGAACUUGCCAUUGUUGAUAACGAGGAUGAUCACUUGGCAUGGCUUAUCGGCAGGUAUUUCUAUUUUUAUACUUAAAAAUGUCAUAGCUAUUGCAUUAGUUACAUUUGAACUCGUGGAAGAGUUUUGCUGUAGAAAGAGUCGAGAGGCAAAUGACAACAUUGCGGAAUCUAACCAUACCAACAUUCCUAUGGAACGGCACUCGGCUGAAACUGACAUAUGAUAACAAAGCCUCUUUGCAAGUACAUUUGGACCUUUACAAAACAUAAAAUGCGUGUAAACUCACCGAUGAAGAUUUAAUCUUGUUAUUAAUGAAUCUGAAACAAAAUACAGUACAGAUUUAUAAGAGCUGAACAAUUCACUUAGUUAAAUUUCAAAAAGCAAAUCGCGGACUUAACCGCGCUGUUUUGCGCUUAUUGAAGCACCCCUCCCAGCAGCGACCUUGAGGAAAUCAUUGCGCUGUUCCGCACUAACAGAGACAUCCGUCUCAGCAGCGACCUCGAGGACAACACCGCGCUGUUCCGCGUUAACAGAGACAUCCCUCUCAGCAGCGACCUCGAGGACAACACCGCGCUGUUCCGCGUUAACAGAGACACCCCUCCCAACAGCGACCUCGAGGACAACACCGCGCUUUGCCGCGCUAACAGAGGCACCCCACAGGUGGUUAGCGUGUGGCUAUAAUAUUAAUUAGUGAAAACAUCAUUUUGAAUGAUAAAUAAUCAUAUUAUAACGAAAAAUCAACU